AUGACAACCGUAAAAAACAACAUAAUGGGGCGAUGUGUCUGGAUGGUUCUAGCAAUUUUUGGAUUGGCAGCUCUUGUUCUUUCUCAGAAACCGGAUGUGGAGUUUACAAUCAACGAAGAACUGGCCGUCUCCACAAGGGUUGGCAAUCUACAGGAAGUGGAAAAUGUAUUUCCGGAUUUGUCGAAAGAGGAGAGAAAGUCUCUACAGUACGGCAUUCUCGAUCAAGGGGAUGUAUCCAGCUCGCUUUUUAACAUCACCCGACAAGGUGGGCUCAUCUCUGUGGCUAGACGUAUUGAUAGAGAGUCGAUCUGCUUUACUGUGGAGAACUGUAUCAUGAAAGUGAACAUUUUGGCUUCAGCGCAGAAUUCUUCACAGUUCGAUUCUCGGGUCAUCACUGUACAUUUUAAAAUCGUCGAUAUAAACGACAACUCUCCUACAUUCGAAAAAAGUUCACUGGUUCUUGAAGUACCAGAAGGGCGACCUCAAGAUACUGUUCUGAAAAUCCAUGGUGCCAAUGACAGGGAUUUUACAGCCGAGUACAAAGUGAAGAACUAUACCCUACAAGCUUCACAAGAUAUUUUUUCUCUCUCGGCUCAUCAGUCCCUCGACGGCAGCUCGGAGAUACAUCUUCGACUAAAAAAGACACUAGACCGAGAGAUCCAGGAUACAUACGAGUUAACAAUCACAGCUUUCGACGGGGGACCGACUCCCAGAUCUUCGACUCUUCUUAUCACUGUUACUGUCACGGAUCAAAAUGACAACGAACCUCAGUUCUUGAGCUCAAACUACAGUGUCACUAUUGACAGCCGUACGUUACCGAACCACGUCGUUCUUCAGGUAUCAGCAACUGAUGUUGACGAGGGUGAUAAUGCGCUGCUCACCUAUGACUUUACAAAAUUCCAGAAGCCAGUGAUGGAAAAGGUUUUCCUCAUCAACUCCACCACAGGUGAGAUUUCCGUGGCGGGGCCCUUACGUCCCGGAAAGUAUGAGUUCAUCGUGGAGGCUCAAGAUUCGGGAAGUCCCAGGCUGAAAACUCAGACAGUCGUUACUAUUAACGUUAACAAUACGGGGAAUUCCCCUCCCAAAAUAUCCAUCGCCACUUUAGGAAACACUUUUGAUCAAAAUGUUGUAUCUGUCUUAGAACCAGGCGGUCGAGGCCUUUUUGUUGCCUUUGUUGUAGUAGAUGAUGAUAGUGCUGACGAUGUUGUUUGCCAUAUCAAAAGUGAUGUUUUUAUGCUGGUACCCGUGGCGAAUAAAGGAUAUAAGAUUGUUCUUCAAAGUUCAGUCGACCGUGAAAAGGUUGCAUUCUAUAAUUUAAACGUGACGUGCGAGGAAACUGGCGACCAGCCUCUGAAUAAUACAAUUUCCGUUAGGGUGAAUGUCGAGGAUGCGAACGAUAAUGCUCCGGUCUGUGGCCAACAGCGCUACUCCAGAACCAUGUCAGAAGGAAAGAAGAAUGGAGAGUACGUUCUGCAAGUCAGUGCCAGCGACGCAGACAUUGGACUUAAUGGUGCAGUUCGGUACAGCCUUCAGUCCAACUAUACCCAGUACUUCCACAUCGACCAGCUGACCGGAGUUCUAACAGCUGUCGGUGAUCUAGACAGAGAAGCACACCCGACCAUAACAUUUAACAUUACCGCCACUGACCAAGGAAACCAGCCCAAGCAAAGCUGGGCGGAGGUUGUUAUCACUUUAGAAGAUAUUAACGAUAACAUUCCAGAAUUCCAGAAGAAAGUUAUGGUUUUUCAAGUUCAGGAAGAUGUAGAAGAGAACAAGGUUAUUGCACACCUCGUAGCUAAUGACCCGGAUGUAGGGAUCAACAGCCAGCUCCAGUAUGUCUUCACCGGAUCCUUGGAUGGGUCAGAUCGUGCCUUUACAGUACUCACAAAUGGAUCAGUAGUCGUGACCACAAAAUUAGACAGGGAAAAGAAAAGCAACUACACAUUUUCUGUGAUGGUCAAAGACAAUGGAACCCCGUCUCUAAUGUCCAGAGCAAGUGUGGUCAUAGAAGUUCUAGACGUAAACGACAACGCGCCGGCCAUUUUGUUUCCAAAAUCGCAAAACUACACAGUUCUCAUUUCUAGCGUUCCGGAAAAAGGUGUUAUCCUCAGUAGAAUCAUUGCAUAUGAUGACGACGCUGACGACAACGGAGUCUUGAAAUUCACACUCGUUUCCGGAAAUGACGAUGCAGCUUUUGAAAUUUCAGAAACAAUGGGGGAAAUAAAAGUCGCCCAAGGUUCUCGCCUGAAAAACAAUAAAAAGUAUGACAUUGGUGUCCUGGUCUCAGACAGAGGACUUCCUCCGAAAUUCACAACAGCCAACAUUAAGAUAGAUGUGUCCUUCAACAACAUAACACAAGAACUUGCCAGACAAGACAAAGAAAGCAAAGACGACUAUAUUAUCAUCGUGGCAGUUAUCGCUGCUGUAACGGUAGUAUUCUCAACACUUAUCAUCGUCGCCAUUUGCAUCUUAUUUCAAAAGGACAAAAAUAAGGAGACCAAACACGGCCCGGAACAUGUAUUGACACAUAUUGGUAUCCAUGGAAACGUAAACAGCAGUGAGAAAGUAACUCCUAUUUUGUCUGAAACUAAAAGGGGGCCAAACCAGACACCGUACAACUUUAGGAAUGUGUCAUCUUCAUCGAUGCAGGAGAAGGGUGUCAUCUCAAGCGAUCUCAUCUGUGUUCAGGUCAAGGAUGACGGUUCAGAUCUCCCGAAAGGAAAAUCUGUCAGCUUCACCGUUAGCAAAUCAGACAUGGUCUCGCCGGAGUCUCACUACAUCAUUGCCAGAAACGAUCUCCAGCAGUCUCUAUCAGAAUGCGGUGACUCCUCCAUGAUGUGUUCUAGUGACGAGAACGCUUCCUUGCGGGGAUCUUCCCUGCCCGAAGAGGUAAGGGGUGUCAGUGUAAGGUCUUAUCAUUCUUCUUUUUUCAGAAUUCGAAAGCUUUGA